UUCAAUACGUCAUGUCACAAGUCGUACACAACUAUCGAAUCAGAUGUUAAGUAUAAGUACGAAAUAUUUAUUAACACAUCCGUCAGCUGUCAUUUCGUGUGCCAUAGAAAAUUUCAACUAGAGGAUAGCGUACAGUAGAAGGAUGGCUCAAUUGCCAUCGGGAUUCGUUUCUCAUUCUCGAAAAGUUUGCAAUCUUUACAAACGCCUUUUACGUCACAUAGAAUCUUCUUACUACCAUUUAGAAGAUGUUAGAUAUGAGUCUGUUAUUCUGAGAGCUGAAUUUGAUAAAAACAAGGACAUCAAAGAUCUACGGUUUGCAAAAGAAAUGAUGUCUCAAGCAGAAGACAAGUUAAUGAAAGAUCUUCAUUGGAAUUAUAAAAAGUUUGCCGAAUCACCAGGUGGUUGUGCAUUUGGCAGAGAUCAUGUUCCUCCAGACUGGAUCAUAGAUUAUUGGGAUCCAAUGGAAAAAGCCAUGUAUCCAAAAUAUUUUCUUCUUCGAGAGCAAAGGAAAAAAGAAUUUGAAGAAUUUUACAAAAGAAAUUAUGCUAACCUGCGUACUGCCACUGACCAACAUUGAUUAUUAUCAUUCUUCAACCGUUUCAAAUAGCACAUUUCUUAGUUUUAAUGAUUUAUUAAACUCAAAUGUUAUGCACUUUAGGUACAUAAAUGUACAUUAUGAAAGUUA